CCGGAACAAACCAGUCCGCAAACAACGAACCCGCGAUUGUUAUCGCGCACACACUGAGGUACACGUUCACUCUCGUCUGCCGCGUCGUCUCACACAUUACAUUACAAUAAAAUAUACACGUUCACGUACGCGAACGCAACAUAGCUCCGGCCGUUCGGGUUCCAGUAGGAUAACCCAUACGAGCAUCCGGACGCCAUGCGCCUGCAACACGAGAUGUUUCUGAAACCGCGUACAAACAUGUAUUUAAUAUUGGCGUUCGCAAUUGUGGGGAUUCAGUUUGUCUUUUCUCAGCAAAUCAAUCCCAAUGAUUUGGAAGUGGUUCUUAACAUUGAAGAUAGCAAUAAGACUCAAUACCAUGAGCAAAAUUUUGAUACCAUGGCCUAUAUAUUCGGAUACGAAGUAGGUCCAAAUGGUCAAUUUCACCAUGAAAAUAAAGGACCGGAUGGAUUCACAUAUGGUUGCUACGGAUAUGUAGAUCCAGAAGGAAAAUUACAAGCAACUCAUUAUAUAUCUGAUGGUUGGGGGUACAGAGUAGUCACACCGGGUGAAUCAGUUGAAAUUUUCCAUCAUAAACAUGAUCCUGCUGAUGAAAAUCAAACUAAUGAAAGUUCUGAAGGUGGUUCAGAACAUGAACAUCAUGGACACCAUGGAGUGGUAACAGCAUGGGGUGAUCUUUAUUUUCCGAAAGGAUGUGGAGGAGGUCGACCAAUUCAAGGAACUGGUCAAUUAGGUGGAUCUGGUUCAUCAGGAUACCCCAGCUUUGUUGGAACUGGUCAACCAGGACCAAUAGGUACACCUGGAUCAGCCGGACCUCCAGGAUCACCAGGAUCUGCGGGUACUCCAGGAUACCCUGGUUCAUUUGGAUACCCAGGAAAACCAGGGUCACCUGGAUCUCCAGGCUCACCAGGAUCUCCCGGUUCUCCAGGAUCACCAGGAUCUCCUGGUUCAUUGGGAUAUCCUGGAUCUGGUGGAUCUCCGGGUUCGCCAGGAUCACCAGGAUCAUUAGGUAAACCAGGAUCCCCUGGUUCUUUGGGAUAUCCUGGAACUGAUGGAUCUCCAGGCUCACCAGGAGCACCGGGCUCACCAGGAGCACCGGGCUCACCAGGAUCACCAGGUUCACCUGGAUACCCGGGGUCACUUGGUUACCCAGGAUCAGGCUCACCGGGCUCACCGGGAUCACCAGGUUCACCUGGAUACCCUGGAUCACUUGGAUACCCAGGAUCAGGAUCUCCAGGAUCACCAGGAGCCCCAGGCUCACCAGGAGCACCGGGCUCACCAGGAACACCAGGUUCACCUGGAUACCCAGGAUCACUUGGUUACCCAGGAUCAGGCUCACCGGGCUCACCAGGAUCACCAGGUUCACCUGGAUACCCUGGACCACUUGGAUACCCAGGAUCCGGAUCUCCAGCAUCACCAGGGGCCCCAGGCUCACCAGGAGCACCAGGCUCACCAGGAUCACCAGGUUCACCUGGAUACCCGGGAUCACUUGGUUAUCCAGGAUCAGGCUUACCAGGAGCACCGGGCUCACCUGGAUACCCGGGAUCAGGCUCACCAGGAGCACCAGGCACACCAGGAACACCGGGCUCACCAGGAUCACCAGGUUCACCUGGAUACCCAGGAUCAGGGUCUCCAGGCUCACACGGAGCAUCAGGCUCACCAGGAUUACCAGGUUCCCCAGGAUCUCCAGGAAUCCCAGGAUCUUCUGGAUCACCCGGAUACCCAGGAUCACUUGGUUACCCAGCGUCAGGAUCUCCUGGAUCCCCAGGAUUGCCGGGUUCACCAGGAUCUCCAGGAUCACCAGGAUCUCCAGGAUCAUUUGGCUACCCAGAAUCAUUUGGCUACCCAGGCUCACAUGGAUCUCCGGGCUCUCCAGGAGCUCCGGGCAUACCUGGAUCUCCAGGUUCUUCUGUAUUAAUAGGCUACCCAAGUGGUUAUCCAGCAUCAUCAGGAACUCCUGGUACACCCGGAAAACCCGGAUCUCCAGGAUUACCAGGAACUCCUGGAUUACCAGGUAAACCAGGUUCAGGAAGUCCAUCUACAGUUUAUCCGAGUUAUCCAGGUUCUCCCAGUUCUCCAGGAUUACCCGGAACUCCAGGAUUACCCGGAACUCCAGGAUUACCAGGUAAACCAGGCUCUCCAAGCUAUCCAUCAUAUCAACAAACAUUACCUUACCCCCCUUCGUCCUAUCCUAGUGCAUCAGGGUCACCUGGAUUACCAGGAUCACCAGGAUUGCCAGGAGCACCAGGCCUUCCCGGUUCUUACCAGAAACCAACAACAUACCCAGGAACAUAUUACCCUAGUGGGCCAGGCGCCCCGGGAUCACCAGGCACUCCCGGAUACCCAGGAUCACCAGGGCAACCAGGAACUCCAGGAUUACCAGGUUCAUACAUCAAACCUUCAUACCCUGUAGCUCCAGGGUCUCCCGGAUCUCCAGGAUCCCCAGGUUCUCCAGGUUCUCCAGGUUCUCCAGGUCUACCAGGAAAACCAGGAUCUUACGUUUCACAAUCUCCAUACCCAGCAUCAGCUUAUCCAGGUACCCCAGGUUUACCAGGAUCUCCAGGAUUACCAGGUAAACCAGGUGCAUCAGUCAUACCACCGUAUGAACAAUCAAAACCAACUUAUCAAAAACCAAAUGCAGGAUACCCCGGAAGUCCAGGCCAACCAGGUACUCCAGGUUUACCAGGAGCUCCAGGAUUACCAGGUACAACUCCAUACCCAAAACCAACACCACCAUCAGUUUAUCCCGUAGGACCAGGUAAACCAGGAACCCCGGGAUCCCCAGGACUUCCAGGUCAACCAGGAACACCAGGUCUACCUGGGUCUGUAUACCAACCCUCAUAUCAAAAACCGAUUUCCAAUAACCAAUAUCCAGGAUCUUCUUAUCCCGGAAGUCAAGGACUACCCGGAACGCCAGGAUUACCAGGUCAACCCGGUACACCUGGAACACCAGGCUCAGCUUAUCCAGGUUCUACAUUAAAUCAAAAACCUAAUUAUCAAUCUGUUAAACCAAGCUCGCAGGGUUAUCCAGGAAGUCCAGGACAACCAGGCACUCCAGGAUUACCAGGUCAACCAGGAACCCCAGGUUUACCAUCGUAUCAAAAACCAAUUCCCCCAACAACAUAUCCAGUUCAACCCACAUAUCCUUCAAAACCAUCUUAUUCUGGUAAUCCCGGAAGCUCAGGUCAACCAGGAAAACCAGGUACCCCUGGUACUCCUGGCACACCAGGACUUCCAGCAGGACCAUUCUACCAAAAACCUUCACCUGCCGCUGGAUACCCAGGUUCACCUGGUGCACCAGGACAACCAGGAACUCCUGGCCUCCCAGGCAUACCAGCUCAAUCGUUUGGACAAAGUCCUCAAGUGUUGGUUGACUAUGGGAAACCUAAUCUAUCAACAGGAUAUCCCGGAUCUGCAGGGCAACCAGGCCUUCCUGGUCAACCAGGCACUCCAGGAACCCCAGGAACCCCAGGAAUUCCUGCUUCUUAUCCGACUUCAUCAAAACCCAGUCAAUAUCCCAUAAACUCAGGCAGUGGGAGUGUAUCAAGUUUACCAUCCAAUGGUUAUCCAUCAUACACGGAACAAAAUUAUGUUUAUCCUACCAGCUAUCCUCAAAAACCAAAUGUUCCUGGCUAUGGUUCACAGCAACCAAACGUGUAUCCCGAGUAUUUAAGUUCUGGAUAUCCAGUUCCCCCUCCUUCUAAUGCACCGCUCCCUAAUUAUCCACAAUCUAAUGAACCAUCUGGUUACCCUGGUUUUUAUGAAUUGUAUCCUGGUCAAAACCAAAUAUACUCUGGUCAACUAGACUUUAAUGCAUACCCAUCAGUAGCUAGUGAACAAUACCCUUUCAAUGGAAACGUUUAUGGCUACCCUGAACAACAGUUUACAUAUCCAGCAACAGAAAAUAAAAAACCUCAAGUAACAACGCCUGUUUCAACUCAAACAUCAGGUUCUAAGAGUAAGUCUAGUCAAACUUCCCCAGAAUAUACAAGUAAACCUAGUUUGAUAGAUAUUCGCAUAAAUGUUCCGAAUAAACCUGAUUCUAACGAAGGCCAAAAAGCUGUGACUUUGGGCAAUAAUGAAUUAAUAGGGCCAUCGUCAGGAUCAUCAGGACAUUCCAGCUCACUUAAUCCACAAUACGUGAACAGCCCUACAAAGGGACCAAAAUUACCAUAUCAAUUUGGUCAAAAAUCGAAUCAGGUUAUCUCAUCAUCAAGCAAACCAGAAACUAGUACUCCGUUGUAUAGUAUAUCUACUAAAACAGCAUUGACACCUGAAAAUAAUAAUUUAGUGGUCUCAACUAGUACUGUGUCCUAUGAAGAACAAUUUACUACUCUUUCACCAGAUUCUUCGACACCUGUCAAUAUAAUUCCUUAUCCCUUGCCAAUUGUUCCAAACCCAGGAUCUUGUCCAUGUUAUUUUGUUCCACCUACAAAUAAUUCUACCAAUCAAUUACCACAACAACCAACAUUGGACUUAAAUAAUCUCCCGGAGGGUGCUGUGAUUGGAUUCGUACCGGUAGUAUUUUAUCCAUCAUGUGGUACAGGAACUACAGUAUCAAAAGAAGUGGUUUCAUCAAAAUUAAAUCCUGUUUUCCCGUCGGCUUAUCAAGUACCAUAUAAAUGUUCAUACUGCGAACAAAGUGAGUCACAAACUGCAACCAUUAGAGGAAGUUUUGAUCAAGUAGUAAAACAAAGUCAAUUAAAUCCAUCCGUUGUAAUUAAAAGUCCAAGCAGAAAGAAUUACCCAAAUGCCCCAAUUUAUGACCAACAAGAAUUUGGAAGAAAGAUAAAAGUUGUAAGAAGGAAAACUAAAGAUGAAUAAUACUGGAAAUAAUCAAUAAAAAUACUUUAAAGACUAAAAAAAUAAAAAUAAAAUAUCAACAGGAUAAAAUUAACAUUUUAAUUUUUUUAUUUGAGUAUAUAAUCUAGAACAAUUACUACUACGUACAAUUAUAAUAUGAAUUUUCAUAUUGAACUAAACAAAAAAUCAAUUGACAAUUACAUUGUGUUAUACAAA